AAGCUCGAGCGGUAGCUGUUGUGGACGACGAAAAAGGCCCAGCGUCCCGCGGCAACAACAGCACCUCCUUCUCCCUUUUCUGUCCCUCUCUCUGUAAACCAGAAACAGGAGGAAGAAGAACAAGAAGCAGCAGCAGCAGCAGCAGCAGCAGAAAGAAAGCUCUGCUGCAAUCCUCCAAGACUGAUUCAAUUCAACCCAUAUAUACUCCUGUGAUCAUAAGAGUCAGAGAGGGAGAAGAGGAAGAGAAGGAGAUCGAGCGAUGGGGAGCGAGGCGAAGCCGGGGAAGGCGGCGAUGAAGGGGUGGGCGCAGAGGUACCUGAACCUGAGCUUCGUCGCCGGCUUCCUCCUCGUGCUCCUCACCUACGUCGUCCUCUCCCAGCCGCAGCGCUUCGCCGCCAUCAGCACCACCACCUCCCCCAACGCUGUCGCGAAGAUGGCGCCGCGGGUUACUGCCGCCGAGCACCGGAAGUCGGCGGCGACCGAAGCUCCCGGCGAAACAGGCGAGGAGAAGAAGGAGCAGAUGAAACCUGAAGCUUCUGGCAAUCAAGACCAGGAUGAGAAGCAGCAGGGACAGGAGGAGGAGACAUGGCGGACGAAAGACGAAGACUCCGCCGCGACGGUGACGGCAACGGAGGAGCCCCGGACGAAAAGAGACGACAGAGAUGUCCAACUGUCUGAGGAAGCCAAGGUGGUGUGCAACAGGGACGGGCCUUUCUCCGACACCUGCGAAGUCACCGGUGACGUCCGGAUCAACGGCAGCGCCCUCUCUGUAACCCUUCUCCCUUCCAGCCGCCAGGAAACAACAUCGCGCCGUCAGCAAUGGAAGAUCCGGCCCUACUCCCGCCGCACCAUGACCGACAUCCGCGAGGUUACCGUGACGCAGCUCGCCUCGGCGGACGAGGCCUCGGCCGCGCCGGCGUGCACGGUCACCCACGAGGUCCCGGCCAUCGUCUUCGCGCUCGGCGGGCUCACGGGGAACUACUUCCACGACUUCAGCGACGCCCUGGUGCCACUCUUCGUCGCGUCCCGGCGGUACGGCGGCGAGGUGCUCUUCCUCGUCAGCAACAUCCAGCCCUGGUGGCUCGCCAAGUACGGCGCCGUGGUCCGCCGCCUCUCCAAGUACGACGCCGUCGACCUCGACAAAGACAACCAGACCCGCUGCUUCCGCCAUGUCUCCGUCGGCCUCCGCCUCACCAAGGAGUUCGACAUCGCCGCCGGGAAAAACAAUCCCCUCUCCAUGCCCGAUUUCACCGCCUUCCUCCGCGAGACAUACUCCCUGCCCCGCAAUUCCCCAACCAAAAUCAGCCUCGGCGCCACCGGAUCCAACGACGACAAUCAGAAGCCAAGGCUGAUGCUGAUCCACAGAUCCCACUACCGGAAGCUCCUGAACGUACCCGAGAUCGUCGCCGCCGCCGAAUCCGCCGGCUUCGCCGUCACCAUCUCCGACCCGCGCUUCGACGUCCGGAUCUCCGACCUCGCCAAGUCCGUGAACUCCUUCGACGUGCUCAUGGGAGUGCACGGGGCGGGGCUGACGAACGCGGCGUUCCUGCCGCCCGGCGGCGUGGUGAUCCAGGUGGUGCCGUACGGGAAGAUGGAGGGGCUGGCCAGGACGGACUUCGGGGAGCCCGUUAAGGACAUGGGCCUGGAGUACCUCGAGUACAGCGUUUCGGCCCAGGAGAGUAGCCUGCUGGAGAUGUUGGGCCCCGAGCAUUUGGUGAUUAAGGAUCCUGAAGCUGUGCAUCGGAGUGGGUGGGAUAAGGUGGCCGAGUAUUAUCUGGGUAAGCAGGAUGUGAGGCUUGAUGUUGAGCGGUUUCGGCCCACGUUAGACAAGGCCAUGGAGUAUCUCCGGCAGCGGUAGGGAAGAGGUUAAAUUAAGAUCUCAAAUUGAAGGAAACCAUGUAUACUUUACUUUACUACAUGUAUACAGAUGUGAUCAAACAAGAUGAUUGAUCGUCGGUACAGAUUUGACUUUAUACGUGUUAUUUAGUCGUCUCUUAA